GCGCCGGAACCCGCGGGAGGGCAGCCGGGCCAGGCGGAGCGCAGAGCGCAACGGACCGACCGCGCGCGCUCUGCCGGCCACUUCCGGCGUCUAGCAGCGGCGCCCAGCGGGAGUGGGAGGGCGCAGCGUCAGCUCCCGGCCCGGCUGUGAGUGCCGCUGGGCAGGCGACCCUGAGCUGCGCAUCCCGCAGCCAUGGAGCAGGACGACCCGGCGGAGGCGCUGACGGAGCUGCGCGAGCGGCGGCUGGGCGCGCUGGAGCUGCUGCAGGCGGCGGCCGGCUCCGGCUUGGCGGCCUACGCCGUGUGGGCGCUGGUGCUCCAGCCCGGCUUCCGGCGCGUGCCGCUGCGGCUGCAGGUGCCCUACGUCGGCGCGAGCGCGCGGCAGGUGGAGCACGUGUUGUCGCUGCUGCGAGGCCGUCCUGGAAAAACGGUGGAUCUGGGCUCUGGCGACGGCAGGAUCGUGCUGGCGGCCCACAGGUGCGGACUCCGCCCCGCCGUGGGCUACGAGCUGAACCCGUGGCUGGUGGCGCUGGCCCGGCUGCACGCCUGGAGGGCCGGCUGUGCCGGCAGCAUUUGCUAUCACCGUGAGGAUCUCUGGAAGGUGAGCCUGAGGGACUGCCGAAACGUGUCUGUGUUCCUGGCUCCUAGCGUGCUCCCACUGCUGGAGGACAAGCUGCGGGCAGAGCUGCCUGCCGGGGCCCGCGUGGUGUCUGGGCGCUUCCCGCUCCCCACCUGGCAGCCGGUGGCCAUGCUUGGCGAGGGCCUCGACCGAGUCUGGGCGUAUGAGGUUCCUGGGGACGGAGGAAACUCCUCCUGGGAGGCUGUCUCCUCUCGGCUGCCCCUGGACCAGGCUGCUCCAGGAUCUACUUCUGCCUCUGUCCCAGGGACCCCCGUUUCUCAGCCAGGCUAAAUGUUGAGACACGAUAAAGACUCUGUGGGUUCUAUUCUUA